AAUGUUUUCAUUUAUUUUAGACAAGAUGAGUUCCAAGGAUGAAAUUAUUGGAAAUGUUUGUGUUGAAGGCACAUCAAGAUCCACCUUAACUGAUGAUGAAGAGCAUAUGCUUGUGCUUGACCCUUCAACAUCUAACGAGAGUAAACAUUCAGAAGAAUCUUCAUCCGCUAUUAAUUCCAUAGACGCAGAAAGUGCAAAAGAAGAAUCAGAUCCUGUCAUAUCUAUGGAUGACGUUUCAAGCCUUCUGCCUGCUACUACACAAUCAUCGAACAAUCAACCAUUUUUAAACGAUGAAGAUAAUGCAAAAGAAAACAAAACAGAACAUUCUAUUUCGGAAAAUCCCUCUCAACCCGCUGGAAAUCACAUCGGACCACUAAGUCUCUCAAGCACUGAUAUUAUUCAGUCCCAGUCAGCAUUAGGUACUGAGAAUGUUGCCGACCAAAUGGAAAGUCUAGAAACAAAUCCACAAAGUCCAGAAAUCUCUUUGGUAGAAGAAAAUCCGUCCGAAACUGAUAGAGUUCCAGUAUCCAUAGAACCAACCAAGCUUGAUGAUAAUAAUGAUAAAUCCGAGUUCAAUGUCAAUUCUAGCUCUACACUGGGCAUUAGUCCCUCAAACCUAAGGGACUCAGCUGUCCCCUCCAAUUUAGAGGACUCAGUUGUCCCCUCCAUCCUAAAGGACGGAGUUGUGUCCUCCACCUUAGAGGACCCAGUUAGCCCCUGUAACCUAGAGGACCCAGUUGUCCCCUCCAACCUAGAGGAAGCAGUUAUUCCCUCCAACUUAGUGGACCCUGUUAUUCCCUCCAACCUAGAGAACCCAGUUAUCCCCUCCAACCUAGAGGAUCCAGUUAUCCCCUCCAACCUAGAGGACCCAGCUGUUCCUAGUCCCCGAGGGGGCCCAGCUGCUGAUGAAGAGGAUGGGUUUAACAAGGAUAAGAAUAUCUAUGCUGUUAAGUGGAUUGAGUUCGGAUUAAGGUCCAGUGCCAUUAUUACUCAGAACGAAAAUGGCCCCUGUCCUCUCAUUAGUAUUGUCAAUAUUCUGUUGUUGAGAGGAAAACUUUCUCUCCCCGAAGGGGCAGAAGUUGUAUGUGCUGAACAGUUAUUAGAGUAUCUAGGAGAUCUAAUUUUAUCAUUAAGUACCAGUAAAGAGGAUCUGGAUUUAGAACGGAAUAUUAAUGACGCGGUGGCUGUUUUACCCAAACUUAGUACAGGUUUGGAUGUGAAUGUAAAGUUUACAGGAGUAGAUGAGUUUGAAUAUACUUCAGAACUACUUAUAUUUGAUAUUCUACAUAUCAAUCUGUACCAUGGUUGGUUAGUAGAUCCACAGAAAAAUUUAAAAACAUUCAUUCAUUUCAGAUUAUACGAACUGACUGCGAAGCUGGAAGAACUAGAGUUGGCGGUUUUCUUCCGAAACAAUCAUUUCUCAACCUUAUUCAAGAAGAAUGGAGAACUUUUCAUACUCGUUACUGAUCAAGGUUUCCUUUCACAGAAGGAGGUUGUCUGGGAGACCUUAGCAAACAUUGAGGGAGACUGCUCAUUUGUAAAUUCUACAUUUAAAGAUUCAGGUGUCGACUCCCGUCUUGAAAACUGUUCUGCUGCAGCCAACCCUGCGGAAGCGCUAGAGCAGGAGUAUGUUCAUAUUUCAUCAGAGUGGUGUCGGAGGUUAGCCGAGGUUCUGCAGAGGGAAGGAGAAGAGGCAACCCAACGUGAACAGUUAUUUCAAGAAUUCAAACAGAAUCAUUUGGGAGGACAUGAACAGCUGACAGAUGGUGAGCUAGCUGCACGUCUCCAAGAAGCUGAGAAUGCCGCUGCCCAAGAAGAUGAAAGAAGUGCACAGGGUCCACAAGGUGCACCAGGCCCCGAGCAUCCUAUAGGACCACGAGGAGGAAAAAAGGAAAAAAAUUGUUGUAUCCUGUAGUGGAAAGUUUGUAUUGGCUUCUACUUCUGUGGAUAGGAUUACGAAACACUGGAAGACACUGAAAAAUGAAGGAUAUUAUUCCGAUAAAAAAAAUGCCCACAAAACUAAGUCAUUAUAGUUCCCAAGCUUCUUAUAGGUUCAAAAAUUAGAGUUUGGUAAAAAAGAAUCGAGCUUUCGAAUGGUUUUUGAUUGGGUUCUUAUCAAAUUUAUAUAUUAACGAUCAGUUUUUUGUAGUUUAAGUCAUUUCAAUCAAUUGGAAAUUAAAAAUUAUUUACAUCGAUUAAUCUAGUCAAGGAACCUUUUAUUUUAAGUUGUUAAAUAAAGUUUAGUUUUUAACAGAGUCAUGAUUAAAUUAAUUUAUUGGAUUUUAAAGGUUAUUUUUUAUUGAAAGAUACUUGUGUGGUUCUUCAAUAAUAACAAAAAAGGAUUUUUUACCUGAACAGCCGAAUGCCUGUAACCCACGCAGUCACUCUGCGGCCUCUUUGAAAUGUAAAGAUCUGAUUUGGUAUUUAAAGGGGUUACCCUACGUGUCCAAUUCACCAAAGUGCCGUUUUUAACAUAAUCUCAUGAACAAUGAGGAAGGUACUUGAGUUUUUCUACAUCAGAAAUUGUGUAAUUCUGAUUGUUUACUUCAUUGUUUCUACAGGAUAAAUCCUCAAGUCAUUUAAAUAAAGAACCAGCAAUUAAAAAUUAUCAAUUUUUAGAUGGUAAAAAUGAAAUCUCAGUUUAAAGGGUACCUUCUUGAAUCGUAAAUGCCACUCUACACAUGAAGGAUCGCGUGAAUUAAAGUCGAUAGUCCCUUUUGUUAGUCAUAAUAAAUAUAUUAACAUCGCUGCAACUCAAAAUGUAUCCCUUUUUAGUUAAAUACUGUGGUAGGGGAUUAUAUUAAUAUAGUGAAGACGACUUUUGGUGUCCAAAAUGGAAGCUUUACACAGCAUGAAUACACAAAACAUGGAAACAAAGAUAAGCUUUCAAUUAAGAAAGCUUAUCUUUAAUUACCUGUAAACUUGUAACUCGAAAAAACCUUGUUGAAAAUUUAAUUUUAAAUAAAAACGUCGUCUUCAUUUUAAUGUUUUAUUCGCCUACCACCGCAGUUAAAGUGUUAAUGAAAUCAUUUAUAUGUUUGAUAUUUGUAAGCAAAACAAUGCUUGGAAUACCCAUAUCUUUAAGUGUACUGCAGUUCCUGGGCGGAAUGUAAACAAUCUAUCACCACCACAGACUAGUGUCCGAUUCGUUAGACAUUUUCUAGCUAUGCUUUAGCUGUGACUUCCUCGCCUAGCUGGCCUGGGAAAUCGCAGCUAAAUCACAGCUAGAAAAUGUUUAACGAAUCGGGUAUAGAUAUAUACAGACUUAUUUCUGGGCUGGGCUGAGUAGGCCUAAAGUCGUACCGUCACGGCAAUCUUUAUUUCUAUAACGAGUUUAGUUGCUGCCAUCUAACCGCCAAUUGUUACAUAUAAUACCCAAUCAGGGGUCCGGUUUUAAAGAAAUACUCUUAACUGUUAACAGAAAACAAAAAAUUUAUGAAUUUAAUCUAUUUUAAAGGUUUUGUUUUUCAUAUCCAAAUGAUCCAUAAAUAUCCCUGAAGGUAGAUGUCUGCUAAUUUGUUGCGUACUGGAGUACGUUUAAAAUGUCGCAUAUACAAGCCUUUUGCAGAUCUCUAUUCUCUACUCACUUAUCUCCGGUCACUACUUAUUUCUCUCAGAAACUGCAGAAGACUUAUUAGAUUUAGUAUUCAGCGCAAAUCAUAUCAGAGAAUCUAGUUUUUAAAAAUAUAUUUUUGUACUGGCUUUUUACACAUUGUAUAGUGUACAACUGUACACCAUACCUGCUGAAAACUUUUAAAUGUCAGACUUGGACCAUUUUUUUACUGUGGAGCAAAUUAUUUUAUUGGAUUGAGAAUUUGUAAUUGAUGCUUUUUAAUAAAUAUGUAACUGUG